AUAACAUUAGUGAAGAAACAGAUGCAGGAUGAGAAAUGGGAAGAUCCGUCAGGGAUUGAGACAGAGCUUGAAGAGACCAGACAUGAUCUCAAAAGGGCAAAAGAAGAAAGCAUACAAAUGAGAAACUCUUUGUCUUGUCUCAAGGAAGAGCUUGAACGAACUAAACAAGAGCUCCAGAAGCUGAGAGUUGAUCCUGGUGUACACGAAACGAAACUCGACGAGACUAUUUUCAAAACCAAGUUCGAAGUGUUAGUUCCUCGGGUUGAUGAUGAACCAAUUAGAAGUCCGAGGUUGAGAUCGAUGAGUGAAAAGAGAUACGUGAAAUUUGCAAACCCUACUGUCACGAUCGUGAUCGUGAACAAGGCGAGCUUCAUGAUCUUCACAAGACAUAGCAGAAGACUUGUUGAAGAACUCUAUGCAAUCUGCGAUAGCUUCACUGUAGUGUACGUGAGACGAAUAGUACGAACUACUACACGAAAUCUUCGGCGGCUCAGACCUUUCUCCGUCGCCAGAGCGGGUGGAGUUCUUCUGCCUGCGAGAGGAGGAAGGGAGAGUGAGAUCAAUGAGCCUCAUGAGGAUCUUUCGUAAUUUGUGGAAGAGCUUCAUGAUCAAAAUUGAUCGUUUAAGAUUAAGGAUCUUGAGGGUUUAUCUAUAUGAAUGGUGAAAGCUCGUGUGUACAUGUUUUGAUAAUUUAAUAUAGAAGCAUUCAUUAU